CCCUUAACUAGGGUGAAAAUGAUAAGCAGACACUUCAACAACCUUCAAUUAAUGAAAUCUAUCAGCUAAAUGAGUUCCCAUCAAUCAUCAAACCCUUCUGCCUGACGUUAACUUUUAUGGACUAAAAUGGUGUAAUUUCCCAAUUGAAUUGCCUUUCUUUUUAAGAGAAUUGAGGGUUUCUUGUGCAUAGAGAAACUGCAAUUCCAAUGGGAAAGUUUGAUAGUGCAGAGUACACAGAGAUUAACGAGGAGGUUCCAUCUCCUAAAGCAAAUAAUGCUAGGAAAGUUUCAGUCUUGCCUUUAGUUUUCCUCAUUUUCUAUGAGGUUUCUGGUGGUCCUUUUGGUGUUGAGGACACUGUGCAAGCAGCUGGUCCUCUUCUUGCUCUUUUAGGGUUCUUGGUUUUCCCAUUCAUAUGGAGUCUCCCUGAGGCGCUUAUUACAGCUGAAAUGGGCACGAUGUUCCCUGAAAACGGCGGUUAUGUUGUGUGGGUUUCGUCUGCUUUAGGUCCAUAUUGGGGCUUUCAACAAGGUUGGAUGAAAUGGCUUAGUGGAGUCAUUGACAAUGCACUUUACCCCGUUUUGUUCUUAGAUUACCUGAAAUCAGCCAUCCCUGCAUUAGGCAGUGGGCUUCCUAGGAUUAUAGCGGUUUUGGCCCUUACUUUGGUUCUCACUUAUAUGAAUUACAGAGGUUUAACUAUUGUAGGAGGGUUUGCUGUUUCGCUUGGUAUAUUGUCGAUCCUUCCUUUUGUGGUUAUGGGGCUCAUUUCGAUUCCCAAAUUAAGGCCUUCAAGAUGGUUAGUGGUAGAUGUAGAAAAUGUUGAUUGGAACUUGUAUCUGAAUACUCUUUUCUGGAAUCUGAAUUAUUGGGACUCGAUAAGUACUCUUGCUGGAGAAGUACGUAACCCGAAGAAGACUCUGCCUAAGGCUUUGUAUUAUGCUGUUAUUCUAGUUGUUCUGUCCUACUUUUUCCCGUUGUUGAUUGGUACUGGAGCUGUUCCUCUUCAACGUGACUUAUGGACUGAUGGCUAUUUCUCUGAUAUUGGGAAAAUACUGGGUGGAGUCUGGCUUAGAGUUUGGAUUCAAGGGGCUGCUGCAGCGUCAAAUAUGGGAAUGUUUGUGGCGGAGAUGAGCAGCGACUCUUUUCAGUUACUUGGUAUGGCAGAGAGGGGGAUGCUCCCUGAGUUUUUUGCUAAGAGAUCUCCUUACGGAACUCCUUUAUUUGGGAUCCUCUUCUCAGCUUCUGGUGUGGUUUUACUUUCAUGGCUGAGCUUUCAGGAGAUAGUAGCUGCAGAAAAUUUCUUGUAUUGCUUUGGAAUGAUCUUGGAAUUUAUAGCAUUUGUAUUGUUAAGGAUAACGUGCCCCCAUGCACCACGUCCAUUCAAGAUACCUGGCGGAACUAUUGGAGCCAUCCUGUUGUGUAUACCUCCAACCAUUCUCAUAUGUGUUGUUUUGGCCUUGUCUUCAUUCAAAGUCAUGGUUGUAAGCCUUGUCGCCAUUGCAAUUGGUUUGGUGAUGCAACCUUGUCUUAAGCUUAUCGAGAAGAAGAGAUGGUUGAAGUUCUCUGUUAGUUCUGAUCUUCCUGAUAUUACUACAGAUGGACCUUUACUUCAUUGAUUCCCUAAUAUAUGCUUUAUAAGGUACAACUAUUCCACUAUCACCGGGCUGCCCUUUUAACUAGUCCACUAUCGUGACAGCAGUGGCAACUAUGUCAAAUGCAGAAUUAUCAUGGAAUGCACGGAAGCUUCUAAUCUUGUAAGCUUUAUUUGCCUUGCUCUUGUGCCUAGUUGUGUUAGUACCCAGUAGCUACAGCUUAUAGAGCAUUAAUAGCAGAAGCGGUUUAUCGAAGGUUUGGUGAUCCUUCUCUCAUUAAGGAUCUUAUAGAGGUAGCUUUUACUUUUAUAUUCUGUAUUUCCCAUAACUUAUGCCUAUAUAUGUUAGUGUCAAGUAGCAUUAGUGAUUGUCAUUCAGGAAUUACUUGUGUAAUGCACAAUCAGCUAAUAAGAUUAGUGUUGGUAGAGCUGCAA